AUGCAAGCUGUUUCUGGGGGGAGGGGCUUUUUUGGUUUAUCAGCGCCUAGGUACUUUGCGCCGUACGGAUACCUCUUACGGACACAGGAAAUUGAAUUAUUACCCGGCUGGGAUUGGACGACCCUACGGCCAAGCAUCUUGGAGGGAUCGGGUACGUACUACAUUCACUUUUCUAUGGCUGACCGCGUACCUAGGUGCAUUGGUAUUGGUCUCACUCUCACUCGCUCUCUGCCUCUCCAUUUCUCAAACACUAUUCUCUUCUCGCACUCUGAUUACCUGAAUCUCACGCAAUGGAGCCAUCCGCCGCUGCCCACCAUUCAUCGGAAAACCUAUUCUGAAAUGGACGUAGCGUUCCGAAGGGCGGGUACCCCCGUCACAGAAGCUGCAGAGCUCGGCGCCACGCCCACUCAUUUCCAAGCCCGCUUCUCCAAAGACAUCUACACACACUCAUUCACUGAUGGUUCAACUUCCAAUGAGUCCCAACUCAUCCCAAUCCAGCUCAAAAGGUCCUCCUCAGCGAGGGCCCCCAAAACACGCCAAUUCGCCGCUCUCAAACGCCGUCGGGCUCAUACUUCCAUGUUCCACCCCCCGACUUCCGAGUCCUUAAUGAUUAUCUCCGGACCCGUUCAUCCUUCUCGCUCUCGUGAAAGCAAGGUCUCCAUGGGUUCCAUGGGCUCCAGCCUCCAAGCAGACGGGAGCAAUCCGCACGGCAUCUGUUUUGCGCCAAAUCCCCGUAUCACCCUGCGCCCCGCGCCCCUGGCAGGCUAUGGCCAAUGGCCGCCAUGCUCCCAUGAUUAUGUAGUUGGUGUAUUACGGAUACUCCGUUGUCCGUACUUUACCAGCUUACCAUUGACCAUCACCGUCACCAUGCUCACCUCCUCCUUAUCUCAUCUCACCUCACUUCACCUCAUCUCAUCUCAUCACACGAGUGUGAAAACCCACCUCACCCAUCUUUUUCCGACUCUUCUCAAACACAUUGGACUAAAAGACUGCAUGGCAAAGUCUGGGCAUGACUCUCCCACCGGUCUGACAGAACGUAAUUCAGACUCAAUCAGACCCUCACUGGCUAGUACUCCGUAUCUCCGCGUACUCUACAGCCUAACUGGACCCGUGACUUGGCACCACUUGCAAGGCAGGGCAUGGGUAUAUCGCGCCGUCAUACAGUCCAUAAUAGCGUCUUUCAUUGGUCUACCAUUGAGCAUUUUUGGGCCGUCGAACAUUGGCUUGCUUGCACCUUGUUUCCCGCCCGCUUACGGAGUACAGCUUACCUUAUUCCUCUGGGUAGCUCCCGAGAUCCGCGUACCUUACUACUUCAUACAAAGCGGUGGCACACACCCGACACCUGCCAACCACUCCCUCGUCCAUGUUGCAGUUCAGUCGAGAGAAGAUCUAUACCACGGACCCGUCGCCGUGCUUUUCCUUUCCACGGCUAUCUUAUCACAAGGAACAUGGGCAAAAUCAACUGAUACUUGCUGGCCCCUGCUUGGCGUCGGACUGAAUGCGCACUCACCUCACAGGCGCACCGCUUCAGGCACGCACACAUCCUCCCAAUCUUGCAACUUCGUCCAGCUGAACCAUAUUGCUCCCCCGUUAUCCGCCCUCUUGUCUAUUUCUGUGACUCAAUCACAAUCUGGUGCAACUCUAAUAUCUACUGCGGACGAGUGUGCGCGCUCCGCAGUGCCUCUAUUCAAUGCAGCCAACGAGCGUUCGGUAUUCGGAAUCCGUGUGACCGUAGAGGUCCUGUCAGACAUCAAACUACAACAAUCGGUGGCUGUGUACAACUGGCAUGCAGAGCUUGACUCAAAUGACGCCAUUCACAUCAUGGAUUACACAUCCAUAGUCAAGCAUGACAGAAAUCACGGAGGCAGAAAGCAACCAAAGUUCAUCGGCCGCAAGGAAGGACCCCUCCAUAGUAGCCGAGACUUCGUAAUGUCGUACAAAUCCGAGAAUGGCAUCCCCUUCAAUAUCGCGAACAACUCUGUAACUUUGAAGGGACCCGUGCCUCUACUGUACAAGUUUGGGGCGAACCACCGAACGACGGAAUUCGGUCUCCGCAACCCAUAUUGUUUUUAUGCUACCUGUAACACUAACAACCUUCUGGAAUGGGUGCUGGAGGCACAGAAUGACUAA